AUGCCAUAUACAUACUAUUUCGAAGAUAUGUUUCUUUUCAAAAAAAAAGAACUAGAAGAAAAGGAAAGGGAAAAAGUUGUGAACCGUAGUAGGAGAGUGCAUGAAAAAACUACUUUUUCAUCCAGAAUGAAAAAUCGAUCACAUCUGGGAGAAAUAAACAUUUCAGCUGAAUCAGCAUCUUGUGAACUUGGUCUGGAUUCUGCCAUUAUCCUCAGCUUUGUAGAAAGAAGUGCAGACACAAGAAAGACCAUACAAGAAUUUAUUCGUGAUCAAAGAGAAAGGUUUUUGCUGGAGUACACAUUAGCAACCCAGAGGAAAACAAUAAUGGAGCUUCAGAGAUGUAUGGAGUUAAAAGAGCAGCAAUUCCUUAACGCAGAAAAAAGACUUCAAGAGGAUGCCUUUGCUUUUGAAGAAUUUCUCCGAGAAAAUGACCAGAAAUCAGUAGAUGCUUUGAAAAUAGCAGCACAAGAAACCAUUGGCAAACUCCAAAUGGCAUCAGAGCUAAAGAAGGCCAACUUGGAAAUCCAGGUUGUGAAAAGUGAAAUUAUGAAAACUGAAUUCCUUCUUAAGGAGUACAUGAAAUAUGGAUGUUUUUUACUGAAAUUAUCUCCCAAGACUUGGCAAGUCCAGCAAACAUUAAAGAAAAUGAAAUCUAAAGAUAUUUCUACAGUCCCUAGCCUUCCAAAACUAGUACCAAGACUAACGGCCUCGAAGAAGUCAAAGUUAGACAAAGACAGUCAAAGGAGAUUUUCAACAGUAUCCACUGCUGAAGACGGGCCACCACUUCUUCCAAAGGGUCAAUCAUCCAGGGAAAACUUCAACACACUCAAGAUAUCAAAUGUGGAAGACCCUGGCCGUGUAAGAAGUUUUCCACCAGAGUCUGGAGGGUCUGAAGGGGCUUUUCCCUCCCGAAGAAAGAAAAACUUAGAAGAAGGAAAAAAGUCCAAAAAAAGCCCAUUUGAAAAAAAGAAACCGACAUCACCAAAGGCUGCAAGUGUUAGUUCAGAAGACAGCUUGGAUUUUGGGAUUGAUGACGCAGAGUGCGAUUUGGAACCAGAGCUUUACUUCAAAGAGCCAGAAGAGUUACUUCAUGUCCUCACCGAGCUGGAAGAACAGAAUCUUACUUUGGUACAAUAUUCGCAAGAUGUUGAUGAAACCCUGGACGAUGUAUCAAAAAGAGAAAAAGUUAUACAAGAUAAAGUGAAUAGUAGCAUAGAGGCUUUACUGGAGCAAAAAGAAAUGCUUAAGAAUAACUGUGCUCGAGAAGAAGAGAAAGCAGCAGAAUUGGAAUUAAGAUCGAGGCUAUUUAGUUUUGGCGAGUUUAAUUCAGAAAUUCAGGAAAGACUGAUAGAUUCCCUAAGCAGGAAAGUUAACCAAGUGUACAGGGUCUGCAUCGGAGAAGGGGACAUGGCCAACCUCAACCCAGUUCAAAAGUUGGUCAAAGUAGAGUCUCGACUGGUGGAGCUGAGUGACCUGAUUGAUUCUGUUCCUAAAGAAAGCAUCGAAGUCAUUGAAAAGGCGAAACAGAGGGAAAGAAGACAAAAAAUGCGUGAAGAGAAAAUUAGAGAAAAGCAGAGAUCCCAGGAAGAAAAAAUAAGAAUUGCCCUAGAAAGAGCAGUAUCAAAACCAAAGAGAAAGAUGGGAAGGAAACUUGUAUAUCGUUCACAACCUGUAAUGGAUAUCAAACAAGAAAUACUCUUUGUGGAUGACACAAAGUCAAAAUUACUGGAGGAACAGUAUUUUUUUACUUGA